AAGAAAGCUAAGGAUGGAAGGAGAGGGGGGAUGAGAAAAAGAUCCACCGAUAUCCAAAUCGGUUCCUGCCUCGACGCUGCUUCACGGUGGCUAGGCAAUAAAACGACUGAGAGAAAAAGAGAAAGAGAGCGAUAAAGAGACGAAGGCAUGAUGCGCGCGAGAAGGACGCGGAUCGCGACAAAGCGAGCGGUGAACGAGAGGAGGACGGGAAUAGGAGAUGUCCGCACGUAGCCGCAAGUAGGGGCGCGCGUGAGCAGGCAAGCGAGCCUUCCGACCGAUCCGCCGCCACGCCGUGUGCAUCGCGCCGUGCCGCGCCACGCCGCGUUAUAUCCCGCCACGCCGCGUCGCGCCGCGCCACGCCGAGCAAGCGAGUCAUCCGUUGUGCUCCGGUAUCCCCCCACGCACGACCAACCACGACGCGAGCCAUCUCUUCCCCCUUCCCCCGCCGCCGUCCUCACUGCCGACGCGCGCGACCCCGGCGCGCCAAGCUCGCCGCGUACAGCCGCUAGCAGUUAAUGUUCACUGCCUCACAGUCCUCCACUAUCGCUCGUUGCGCGAGCACACGUGGACAAUUUCACAGUCAGAUUGCAUGCGUUGCGUGUGUCUCGUUAUCGUUGACAGUGAGCAACCUUCCGUGCAUAAGUCGACACGAAAGUGAAUUACUUUGCAUAUUUUCGAAUAUUUGUGAGCUUGGUAAUUCGCGAACUCGUAAGCGAGAAAUUCUUUGUAUUUUAAACCGUAGAAUUCUUUUCCGGAGUAAGAUUAGUGGAGCGCUAUACUUGAUUCUGAUAUCAAUAGAGAAGCGUCAUUCGACGCGUAUGAUUCCAAAUUAUCGGUAUAAACGAAACGUUAUUUUAUUACUCGAAUAUUUGUGAUUGAGUGCGUUUUGUUUAAUUGUUUAUCGAUUAAUUCGGAGUGCACAUCCGUGAAAAUUUUACGGAGCAAAUAAGGAAUUGGAUAAAAAUCAACGGCAAGCACGCGAGCCAACCAACGGCUGAUACGCUCGCGAGUGACAAGUGAUUCGGCGACGCGUGGUUAACCACGUGGCGCGGUAUGCGCAUCAGUGUGUACAAUUACCCGUGAGUGUGAACUUUUGUGGAACUUUCCUUCUCUCUCUGGACGUAUUUGGCGCGUCAAACAAUUGUGCGUGCGUACGACAAACGAGUGACACAGAUCGUUGGUCUCCAUUGGUCGCGUUGCGAGUGAGUGCAUUUUGUGAUUGGAUCGCUAAGAGAACUCUGAGUGAGUGCAUUUUGUGAUUUGCUCGCUAAGAGAACUUUGACGCGCAUUGUAACGUGUUUGAAUUCGUAUUCCAAGAUUCUUGGCUGACGCGCUACUUGAUCUCUCGAGACAUUCGAGAAUAUGGUACAACGGUGAUUAGUUUGUAAUAUAUUAUCGUUAGUGCCAACAGCAGUCGCGAGGAAAGCAAUAAUCUGGUGGGUAGUCUGGUCUCGCUGUCGCAGGCCGCCGCGAGAUGCUUAAAGCCUCAGUCGCCCAAUCCGGCCAAUCACGUAGGGUGCUGCUGCGAUCAGAGCCAAGGGCCGUCGCGGCCUGUUAAAAUGACCGCGCGUUUACACUCGCUGAGGCAUCAGGAGAAGAAAUCAGCCGGCAGCAACCACAGGCAGCAUCAUCAACAUCAACAGGCCGUGCAUCAGGGUCCGAGCCCGGCACCGAGCCCCAGUCCCAGCCUCAGCCCGAGCCCGAAACACUCGGACGGACGAAGAGCUAACAAACCACUAAUGGAAAAACGACGGCGAGCAAGAAUCAACCAAUCCUUAGCGGCGUUGAAGGCGCUCAUUCUCGAUAGCGCCCGCCUGGAAAAUACAAAACAUAGCAAGCUCGAAAAAGCCGAUAUUUUGGAGCUUACAGUCAGGCAUUUGCAGCGACAGAGAUCGCUCGCUCAGCCCGGCCUGUCCAGGUACAAAGCAGGGUAUCAGGACUGCUCAAGAGAGGUAAGCCGCUAUCUCGAUGCACCGGACAUCAUCACAGGCAAUACAACACCGAUGGAUCCUGCCGUGAAACAACGAUUACUGCGCCAUUUAGAUAGCUGCGUAUCGGAGUUGGAUUUGGAUCUGGGCUCGCGGCCCGAUAGCGGUCUGGGUAGUAGUCCGGGUAGCGUGACGGACCGCGUGGUAGGAGCGACAAGUCCGGGUCCAAUGGAUCAUCAUGUGCCGGUCGGACCGCACUGCAGUGCCGCCGCGCUCACGCCGGCCGGUCUGAUCAAAUCUGAGAUUCCGGAUAUAGUCGAGGCCGCCCGGCCCGAUAGCAGCACUACCGCCGGUGAUGAAAACAAUAAUAGCAGUCGACCGACAUCCGCCUUCAGCCAAGUGAAUUCGGCGACGUUGGACUCGCAUCAUCCACAUCAUCCAACUGGUAUACCGGUCGAUCAGGCUUCUACGUCACAGCAGAAUCCCAACAAUAUGCUCUCCGUAGUACAGGUUAUACCUUCCCGAUUGCCGGAUGGCCAAGUGGUCUUCCUGUUGCCGAGCCACUACGUACAACUGGCGGCGGCAGCCGCAGCGAACGGAAUCAGCAUCGGGCCAAAUCCACCUACCGCGAUUUGGGCGGCGACCAACAUGUCAUUACUAAAGGCCACUGACAAAUUGGCGAAACGACCACAUGAUGACAUCAGCCAGGAUUGGCAGGAUUCCACUGGUGGCCUUAAGCCCAGUAAGAGUCCCAGAAUGGAGCAGCCAGAACAGCCACUUGACUUUACCACCACGUCAAAAAAAAUGAAGAUUGCCAGUUCGAGGAGUUCGACCGCGCAUUCUGGUGGCGAUCAUCAUCAUCUACGACAACAGCAGAUUUCGGCCCGUUUGCCAACUGAAUCUGCUGGCGGUUCCAUUGUUCAUGAAGACAGGUCGUCUAGUCACGCGGACAGCGAGAUCGCCGUUGGCAUAUCGUCUCCUUCGCCUGUCGGUCAGCAACCCGUUAAAGAUGAAGAAGGCAUGUGGAGGCCGUGGUAAAAGACUGCCCAUGAUGGCUCUCUAUCUCUGUAAAUAAAAAUAUAUCUCGUGGGAUAGAAUACGCACGAAACCGGAAAUCGUACUGGUGUGUGAUUGCGUCGUCUAUUGCGGAAAUAUUCCUUGGUUAGGAUAAGAUUGUGUAUAUAUGUAUGUGUAUACAUACAUACAUAUAUACACUCUCUCUCUCAAUAUGUAGAUAUAUAUAUCUAGAAAAAUGUCAGCGAUCGGCCAGUGAAAUUGACACAUAACAUAUAUGACUGAGAAUAAUUAUAUGGAAGUAUUUGGAUAAAUA